UUGACCAGUUGUUAAUAAACAAAGAGGACUAUAGUGCAAUUAUUCGCUUAGGAUUCAGACAAGGACAUGUCGAGUGACAGCGUCAAAGUCGCAGUGAGAGUCAGACCUUUCAAUCAGAGAGAGAAAAAUGCCAACUCAAAAUGCGUCAUCUCGAUGUCAGGGAAGACGACGGUGAUAAGGCAUCCGGAUACAGGCGAAGAGAAGACCUUCGCCUUUGACCACUCUUAUUGGUCACAUGAUGGGUUCAAAGUCAACGGAAACGGGGUCAAUGUAACCGAGUCAGAGUUUACCAAAUAUGCAGAUCAGCAAUCCGUUUUCAGUGACCUCGGUCAAGGCGUCCUUGACAACGCGUGGCAAGGUUACAACGCAGCGUUAUUCGCGUACGGUCAGACCGGCUCGGGGAAGAGUUACUCCAUGAUAGGGUACGGGGCCAACAAGGGUAUUGUCCCCAUCACAUGUGAGCAGCUUUUCUCUGCUAUCGAGAAAAAUAAGGAGAAAAAUAAACAACUACAGGUUUCCUUCAGCAUGUUAGAGAUUUACAAUGAACAUGUGAAGGACUUGUUGGUCAACGCUAAACAACAGGCUGGCGGGCUAAAGGUUCGCCAGCACCCAAAGUCUGGCUUCUAUGUAGAUGGGCUUAAGAUUGUGCCUGUGCGAAACUACAAGGACAUCGAAAAGAUGAUGGAACAGGGUAAUGUGAACAGGACGACCGCCUCAACUAACAUGAAUGCCACCAGCAGCAGGUCACACAUGGUCAUUACAAUACGGUUUAAACAGGUUUUUCUGAAUGAUUUCGGUCAGAGUACGACAAAAACGAGUGAGAUCAGUCUGGUGGACUUGGCGGGGAGUGAGAGAGCUGAUGCCACGGGUGCUACUGGGGAUAGGCUGAAGGAGGGGUCAGCCAUCAACCAGAGUUUGUCAACGCUUGGGAAUGUUAUCAGUGCCUUGGCCGACAUCGCAAGUGGGAAGAAGAAAGUCGUGGUGCCAUAUAGAAACAGUGUGCUAACGAAACUGCUCCAGGGUGCUCUGGGUGGAAACAGUAAGACUAUUAUGAUUGCCGCUUUGAGUCCAGCAGACAUCAAUUACGAUGAAACAGUUUCGACGUUGAGGUAUGCAGACAGGGCAAAGAAGAUACAGAACAAGGCUGUCAUCAAUGAGAGCCCGACGGAGAGGCUCAUUCGCGAGCUCAAGGAGGAGAACUCCAAGUUGAUGCAGCAACUCUCCAGGAUCAGUCUUGGCAAAGGUGUUGGAACAGAGGAUGUGGAACAUCUUCUGAAGGAGAAUGAGCGACAAAUGUCGGAGAUCAAUUUAAACUGGGAACACAGGCUCCAGGAGGCUCGGCGAGACUGGGAGAGGACCAACAAGGGAUCUCACGGGGAGAACCAGGGCCAAUGGAAGAGUUCUCCGCAUAUCAUGAACGUUAAUGAGGACACACAGCUGUCAGGCAUUAUCAAACAUUGCUUCAAGGCCGGUACACAAAGUAUUGGAAAAACAGGAGGUCACGGUGUCGAUAUACAAUUAAGAGGUUUAGGCCUUCAGCCACAACAUGCAGUGAUCCGUAAUUCAGGGAAGAAGCUGACAAUAGAACCUUCCAGUAAUCAGGCAGCAAUCAUCGUCAACGGAAAACACGUGAUAAAAGCAAUCUGCUUGAAACAUUUGGACCGCAUAAAGUUUGGUUCCAAUACUUUGUAUCUUUAUAUCGGCUUCCCUGGUGAACGUCGGCAAGAAGACGACAUCGCCCUCUAUGAUUAUGACUACUUCCAGACUGAGCUAGCUGAGGGCAGUAGCUCCUUCAAGGGGGAGCUGACCCCCAGAGGGGGUAAUCAGGGCUCACAGACCUCCCUUCACGACCACGGUGCUACACAUCUUGUCUUCCAGGAGUAUAUCUCACUCCUUCCGAAGAUUCACGAGGCGAAUGCGAUGAGUGAAGACAUGAAGAAGGGUGUUGUGUUUGAGCCAAUCGUUAAGAAUCUUGCCUCCCAUGAUUCGCAAGGUCACCAGAAAGAGCGGGAACUGUCAGUCAAGGUAACCAACAAGCAUACAAAGCAGGUGUGGAUCUGGAACAAAGCAAAGUUCAUCAAUCGAAAGUACCUGAUCGAAGACAUGUACUGCAUGUGGGCUGACGGGGGAGAUGUGACAGUGGAUAAGAACAGCGAUCCGUUCUGGGAUCCUCUCGACGAUAUUUUUCUCGGAAGUUGCCAUGUCUGGCUGCAAAGUCUCGCCUACAGAAUCGAGAUCGAUGACCACGUAAGUGUGCUCAACUACCGUGGCGAUGAGGAAGCCUCGCUCCAGGUCCAGAUCAAGCCAUGUCAACCAGAUGGGAGGUACCUUAGCGAGGACGACAUGGUGUUUGAUCCCGGAGACCUGCUUAACAAGAGGGUCGACUAUGCCCUAGUGAUAAGCAAGUGUAUGGGCAUCAAAUGGGUUCGGGAGGAAAAUAUAAGAGGAGUGUAUGCAAAGUUUAGUUUCUUUGACUCACCGAAAGUGUUCAGGACGAAGACAUUCUGGGAGACCGCCUCCACAGAUCUGAAUUUCAAAAAGCGAUUCACACUGGAUCCAGUUACGGCCGACUUCCUGAACUACCUUCAGACAUGUGCUAUAGUGAUUGAACUGUGGGGAACGCAACCUGGUGGUGACAGUGCUGAUUUGAUAAGUUCCCUCUCAUCCGAUCAGGGCUACGCGGGCAGCAGCUAUACGUCAUCCGAGGAUGACCAAGGGGAGGCUGAGGCAGAAUUACUCAAGAUGAACAGUGAUAACCUCAAGAAGGAGAACAUGCUGCUUAAACAUAAGAUAGAGAAGAUGAGAGAAUCAAUGGACAUGAUGAAGAUGAAGAGGCGAACAUCACAACAAGGCCUGGCCGAGCAACCAUCAGCGCGCACCCGCCGAAUCUCACAAGAACACCACCCGCACGCGGAGAGACCGACUGGACCAGUCCGCAGGCUAUCUCAAAGUUCCAACCACUGCCGAGUGUCCAUGGACGCAGACAUUGCCAAGGCGCUGAAGAUUUUCUUCAGAGAUAUCAGGCCGGUACAGGUCAAAGUGAAAGAUUUGAAAGGCCUUGGUUCAAGCGGGAAGAGCAUGUUUCAAGACGAUUUGGCCGCCAUUGAUGAUGGACUGGACAGCUCUGUUGGUGCUCUGAAGAACAGUAUGUCUGAAAUCAUUCGGAAGAUAAAAGAGGCUUCGAAUGGUGCCAAUAACUGACAUUGACACUGGAGACUUACGUAUGUGAGAGACAGAAAUGUUUUACGUAUGUAACGACCGCGCCCGGUCGACGCAGAAGGAACGUAUACAAUGUAUAUGUAUAUCGCUGCGAGAAAUCUCAGCCGAUUCGUCUUCCUAUAUAUACGAGGCCGUUCGCACCUCACCCCCGCAUUGUAUUAUGAUCGUCGCGAAUGCAUUCGAUGGCAGAUGGUCAGUCAGAUGUUGGCGACACGGCACCGCCAAUAGUAAAGGACUUAUUGAACUAGAGUGCCUCAUAUCAAAGUUGUCGCUGCAAAAUUUCACUUGGCUCCAGUGUGCCCUGUGUAAUCUGUCCUUAGGUUCGUGCCGCCAUGGAUCGAAAUGUUGCUAAUUGCCGAGAUGGUGCUUGUGCUAUGCACAACUGUAGAUGUAGAUGUAUGUGUAUCUGUGAUAAGUGUGAGCAGAAUAUUUUGAAUAUUGAAGAGGCUGACUUUGGGUGUUGGAACUUCUGGUAUGGUCCCCAGCUGAUGAUGCCGUAGAUGCAGAUUUAGUCCCGGGCCAGGGACAAUGGGUCGAUUCACCACCGAAAGACUGACGAUCUCGUUUAUUCUUCAACCGCGCAAAUGCUGGUUAAAAAAAUCCCGCAAAAAGUCACAAGUGGAUAUAUUUAUAUGUAUUUUGUAGUUUUCGUGUUGAACUUGCUGUGAAAACACUGCCUGAUUUAUGAUA